AUGUCAGAACCAUUUACCUACCCCUUCGCUACCUCCCCUGAUAUAGUACGCUCUCACCAAAAGGACGCCUACUUCCAAGGCGUUCUCCUUGAACAGCUGUCUAGCAUUCUUCGCAAUGUCUAUGGCGCCCGAUUCGCACACACAUAUACGUCCGAAACACGUACUUUUACAGAUAUGCUCUACCUGGGGCUGACCACAUUCAUCGGAAAUCGUACGCUUGGCGAAGAAUACUGCGAUAUCGUGCAAGUCGAAAAUGAUACGCUCGCCCUUCCAAGUGUCGUCUACCGCAGCGGAUAUAUCAUUAGCACAAUCCUCGUCCCAUAUGCGCUGAAUCGCGGUCUACCCACCUUUCGCCGACGGGUGCGCUGGAAGCUAGAGGCCAGUUUGCGCCGCUCAGAGAGACAGCAGAAGGCUGGCGGUAGACCGACGAGUAUACCGUACCAUAUUCGCACAUAUCUCCUCGCAAACCUCGAUACCAUCACCUCGCCUUCGCCUCUAUAUGCGCUUUCUCUGGUGACCUUUUACUUCUCCGGCUCAUAUUAUCACCUGAGCAAGCGCCUGCUUGGACUGCGGUAUAUUUUCACGCGGCGCAUUGAGGAGUCGGAUCAGCGCGUUGGCUAUGAAGUCUUAGGAAUGCUACUCGUCAUGCAGAUGGCCGUACAAGCCUGGUUCCACAUACAUCACACUGCGUCAACGCUAAAAGCGUUGGAAUCUUCAACACUGGUCGGGACGUCAGCGGUUCUUGGCGAUUGCGUCGAAGUCAGUCUGAACCCGAAAGACUAUAGUAGUAACAACGCGCUGUUGUUCGAAGGGGACUCUAGAGGAUAUGCAGAGGAUAACUUAUCUGAUAUACAGAAGAUUACACGCAUAUCGGUUUUGCAGGGACCGAGGUAUAGAUUGGAGGAUGGAGAGCGAUUAGCGUGGAUACAUGAGGAAAGACAGCGGAGAUGUACACUCUGUCUGGAAGGAAUGAAAGAACCUAGCGUGACAACAUGUGGUCAUGUGUUCUGCUGGACAUGCAUUGGAGAUUGGUGUAGGGAAAAGCCGGAAUGUCCGCUAUGUCGGCAGACGAGCAUGGUACAGCAUAUACUGCCGCUAAGGGGAUGA